AUGGACAAACAACUACGACAUUGCUCUUGCUCGGGAGGUUUUGUUAUCGGACCGUACCGUCACAAGGCGAGGACAGUUAAAAGAGGAAAAGUGUGGCAAAAAGUAGCCGACAACCUCAAUUCGCAAGCCAUAUUGAAGUUUCUUGUCACAAAGAAAUCGGUGAGGGAGCAUCUUAAGCUUUUACUGGACAAGUAUCGUGCAAAAAUGCAGAAGGAACGGAGAGACAGUGGAGUGGAAGUGGAGGAAACAGAGCUGGACCGAACCCUUGAGGAUAUCAACGAGAAGUGGGAAGCAGCUGAAGAACAAGACAUAUUAUUGCUGAAUAACAAGAAAAAGACAGAGGAAGACAGAGCGAUGGGAGAGGAGGUCCGAAAGAGGGAGUGCGAAAAGCUGCGUGAAACGAUAAAACGGAAACGAGAAGGUGAGGGUUCGUCAGAGCCGACGAAGAAAACGUCAAGAAAGGGUGGCAAUGAUACAAUAGAGUUUCUGAGGGAAAAAGCAAACAUUGAUAUGGCAAUGAAACAAGAACAGAAAGCCAGAAGGGAGGAGCACGAGCGGUAA